GUUUUCUCGCUCUUGCGGUGUGGAACUCGUCGUCAGUCUCAAAGUCUCACAAGACGAAAAGGACGAUGGUGUUGACUAAUGAGACUCGCCAUGUAUACCCGUUCCAAUGGGACGUCGUUACGCGCGCCUUCUGGAACAAGUAUCCGAACGAACGUCUCGCACAUGUGGAGCGCGUGGACAUUUUGGACCGGUGCCUGGACUCGCAGGGCCGCCUCGUGACUACGCGACUCGCGAAGGUGACCCAGAAGAACCUGCCGGGCUGGGUGCGCUCCGCCCUGGGGGACUGCACUUACGUAUUCGAGGAGACGACGUGUGACUCUCAGCGUAAGCAGUUGGUGCUCAAGUCUACGAACCUGUCGUUGCGAUCAGUGGCCACUGUCGAGGAGACAUGCGUGUACUCGGUGCACCCGGACGACGCACAAAAGACGUUGUACGAAGCCGAGGCUAAAGUUACAGCUUUUGUGCCGCUGCUGAGUCAGAAGCUCGAGAAGUUCUCAGUCAGCCGCGGUGCCGAGACGGCGGCCAAAGGUAUCAGAGCAGUGGAGGAGAUCUGCAACGACAUUUUUCAGGGUACUUUCCAGCCAGCUUUCUGUGAGUCGGUGGACGCAGCGAAGAACUCGGUGGCAGUAAAUGCUGCUAAGGAAAUGGCUAACGCGGCAUCGAAGUAUGCAGAAAAGCAGUAGACGAGGAGAUAGCCGAAUUGUUACAAUACUUGUUAAAAGGCAGAAAGAAGGUUGAAACGCGCAGCAACGCACUUCCUAUUGUCACUUUUUAUUAGCACAUACAGUAUCCUUCUCGAGUUUUUGGGCGACGUUGGAGGAGCGAAAUGACGAUACGGUAUUUGGUUGGUGCUUUUGAUCGAUCUCGAGAUGUCGACGUCUCGCUUGGCUUCUAUGCCCCGAAAUCAUAUGGCGGCGUCUUUUGUUUGUCGAGUUACCCGCUACCUCUAACUGUUA